AUGUCUUCUGCCAACGACAAUAUCGGGGGAGCAGCACUCGGAGUGAGCUGGGCGCUCUCCGCCAUCGCCGUCGUCGUCGCUACCGCGCGUAUAUACACUCAAGCACGGAUUACCCAUCAACUUGGACUGAGUGACGCUCUGCUAGUCAUAUCAACGGGCAUCAUUCUUACCUUUGCAUCAACCAUCACUGUUCAGUAUCGCUAUGGCUGGGGUCAGCACCAGGCAGUUCUAUCUCAGCACGACCUUAUCCAGGCCCUCAAAUAUAACACAAUUGGGCAGACAUUUGGAAUCUUAGGAUCCACCUUUGGUCUUCUGUCGACAAUCACCACUUUUAUCAACGUCUUCGGUAUAACAAAAAGGCUACGUGGUGGUCUGUGGACCCUAUUUACUACACAGUUUGUGCUCAACACUGUCGUUGCUUUUCAUAUAUACUUGCAGUGUACCAAUGUAGUGCUUCUUUGGGAUAAGGAGGCGGGCUCAGGAAGCUGUCGGAAUCCAAUUGUGCAAUCUUACCUUGGCUACGCACAUUCAGCCUUCAAGGCCGCGACAGAUCUUUUUUUGACAUUCUUCCCCGCGUAUAUGAUCCGGAAUUUGCAUAUGAAUAUUCGAAAGAAGAUCGGAGUGGCAGUGCUUUUGGGAUUGAGUAUCCUUGCAUUUAUCGCUGUGGUUAUCAAGACUGUCGGUACAGAAGCUCUGCUAAAGGCGAUUAUACCUUACAGUUCCGCUAUUCACUUGGGCGUUAGACUCGAGUUCCGCAUGGACGACCUGGUCCCAGAUAUGACCACUCUACAAUAG